GUUCCCGCCUCAUACCAGCUAGCAAGGUGCCGAAGUGAAUCAGCCUGGCUUGGAGAUCCAGCGCCAGAGAGCUAAGAAGCGGCAGCGCCAGGCGAGGGAAACUUUGCAGACUUUGCAAGAGAAUCGCGGGUGCCGAUGUCAAACUAGGUGCUGGAUCGGGGAGACCCCCGCGUCUCUGCAGGACCGACCAAAAUGACUGAGUGAUCAUCCCGGGCUCGCUGCCUUCUCCGGCUUCCCCCGAUCCUCCAGGAAGCCGCAGCUUGAAGGAAGGAAGGAAGGUGUAGAAAAGAGCGCGGCUCGCUCAGGAAUGUUUACCCUUGCAGAAGUUGCAUCUCUGAAUGACAUACAGCCAACUUACCGAAUUCUGAAACCAUGGUGGGAUGUAUUUAUGGAUUAUCUGGCAGUUGUAAUGCUAAUGGUUGCCAUUUUUGCUGGAACCAUGCAGUUGACCAAAGAUCAGGUGGUUUGUUUGCCUGUGUUACAGUCUGCUGUAAGUGCGAAAAUGCAACCCAGCCCCUUGGGAAGUGCCAAAGCUACAAAUAUGCCAGAAUCCGAAACGCCAGCUAUUCAGGACAAAGACAAACAGGCAGCCAUGACUGUAUCUCUUGACACGACACCUGUCACUACGCCUGAUGUACGUAGAACUGCCUAUCCCCCAUUACACUCACCUGCUGCAAAUCAGGAAGCAAAGAAGGAGCAGAAAGAUUUUCUGGGCCGUAAGACUAACUUGGAUUAUCAGCAAUAUGUUUUCAUUAACCAGAUGUGUUAUCAUGUGGCUCUUCCUUGGUAUUCGAAGUACUUUCCCUACCUAGCUCUUAUACACACAAUUAUUUUAAUGGUCAGUAGCAAUUUUUGGUUUAAAUACCCAAAAACCUGCUCAAAAAUUGAGCAUUUUGUCUCUAUUUUAGGAAAAUGCUUUGAAUCCCCUUGGACUACAAAAGCAUUGUCUGAAACAGCGUGUGAAGAUUCUGAGGAGAAUAAACAGAGACUAACUGGGGCCCAGUCCCUGCCAAAGCAUGUAUCAACUAGUAGUGAUGAAGGAAGUCCAAAUGCCAGUACUCCCAUGAUAAACAAGACUGGUUUCAAGUUUUCAGCAGAAAAGCCAGUUAUUGAAGUCCCGGGUAUGACCAUUUUGGACAAAAAAGAUGGAGAGCAAGCCAAAGCACUCUUUGAAAAAGUACGGAAAUUCCGGGCCCACGUGGAGGACAGUGAUUUGAUUUAUAAGCUCUAUGUUGUUCAGACUGUCAUCAAAACUGUAAAAUUCAUAUUUAUUCUCUGCUACACAGCAAAUUUUGUCAAUGAAAUCAGCUUUGAGCACAUUUGCAUGCCCAAAGUGGAACAUCUAACUGGCUACCAAGAAUUUGAAUGCACACACAAUAUGGCUUACAUGUUAAAAAAGUUGCUUAUUAGUUAUAUUUCUCUCAUCUGUGUCUAUGGUUUUGUCUGUCUGUACACUCUCUUCUGGUUGUUUCGGUUACCCCUGAAGGAGUACUCUUUUGAAAAAGUUAGAGAGGAGAGCAGUUUCAGCGAUAUUCCAGAUGUUAAAAAUGAUUUUGCUUUUCUCUUGCACAUGGUUGACCAGUACGAUCAGCUUUACUCCAAGAGGUUUGGUGUAUUUCUGUCAGAGGUCAGUGAAAAUAAACUGAGGGAAAUAAGUUUGAACCACGAAUGGACUUUUGAAAAAUUGAGGCAACACGUUUCUCGCAAUGCUCAGGAUAAGCAAGAAUUACAUCUUUUCAUGCUAUCGGGAGUCCCGGAUGCGGUUUUUGACCUGACAGAUUUAGAUGUGUUAAAACUUGAGCUGAUUCCUGAAGCGAAAAUCCCUGCUAAAAUAUCCCAGAUGACUAACCUUCAAGAGUUACAUCUCUAUCAUUGCCCUGCAAAGGUGGAGCAGACAGCCUUCAGUUUUCUUCGUGACCACCUGAGAUGCCUGCAUGUGAAAUUUACUGAUGUUGCAGAGAUACCAGCUUGGGUGUACUUACUUAAAAAUCUCCGAGAGUUGUAUUUGGUAGGCAACUUGAAUUCUGAAAACAAUAAAAUGAUAGGACUUGAAUCGCUUAGAGAAUUAAGGCACCUUAAGAUUCUCUAUGUGAAAAGCAAUUUGACCAAAAUUCCAUCUAACAUCACAGAUGUAGCACCACAUCUAACCAAGCUGGUCAUUCACAAUGAUGGUACCAAGCUUUUUGUACUGAAUAGCCUUAAGAAAAUGAUGAAUGUAGCAGAAUUAGAGCUGCAGAACUGUGAACUGGAACGUAUUCCCCACGCCAUUUUUAGUCUCACUAACUUGCAGGAACUAGACCUAAAGUCGAACAGCAUACGCACAAUUGAAGAAGUCAUCAGCUUCCAACAUUUAAAAAGACUAACUUGUCUGAAAUUGUGGCACAAUAAAAUAGUUAACAUUCCUUCUUCCAUUACCCACGUUAAAAACUUGGAGUCGCUUUACCUCUCCAAUAAUAAACUCGAAUCCUUACCUGUUGCAGUAUUCAGUUUACAAAAACUCAGAUGCUUGGAUGUAAGCUACAACUCCAUUGCGGUGAUUCCUGUGGAAAUAGGGUUGCUUCAAAAUCUCCAGCACUUACAUAUCACAGGAAAUAAAGUGGAAGUUUUGCCAAAACAGCUGUUUAAGUGCUCCAAGUUAAGAACUUUGAGUUUGGGACAAAAUUGCAUCACCUCAAUUCCAGAAAAAAUUGGCCAGCUGUUGCAAUUAACUAACCUAGAGCUGAAGGGGAACUGUUUAGACCGUCUACCAGCCACUUUGGGUCAGUGUCGGCUUCUCAGGAAAAGUGGACUAAUUGUAGAAGAUCAUCUUUUUGAUACAUUGCCCUCAGAAGUUAAAGAAGCAUUGAAUCAAGAUACAAGCAUUCCCUUUGCUAAUGGGAUUUAAACAGAAUUCGAACUUGGCGAUCAAUAUAGAUCAUAUUAAAGAGCACACUAAUAAAAUGUUGUGUUGAGAAUUUGGAACUUUUUCUUUUUGUAAGAAAGGACUGUUAAGCCCGGUAGAAUCUCCUUUGGUGUUCGUAGUAUUUUUAAACAUCAGUUCCAAAAUUUUGGGAGGGCAAAGAAGAAAGGGUGGGGGAAUCGUUAAAACAAUCUUGAUUUUUGUUUCCCUUAUGUUUGUAACAUGGAUGCUGCCGCUUUUGAAUGUUUACAAAUUGCUUGCCUGCUUAACGUACAUGAUUAAAUUGGUGACCUUUUCUUACUAUAAAUAAUUUUAAAUGGCUCUGUUCAUUUAGCGCUGUGUUAAAGGCCAUAGUUUUCUUUACUUUAUAAAAUUGGAAUGAUAAUUCAA